GCGGCUGGCUGUGCCUGCGGGCUCGCCUCGCUCAUUGCGCAUGCGCGCUGCCAGUCCCGGCAUCGUGAGGCGCGGUGCUGCCGGAGCGGAGAGGAGCUAUGGCGCUUCACGUCCCUAAGGCCCCGGGCUUCGCCCAGAUGCUCAAGGAGGGGGCGAAGCAUUACUCAGGUCUAGAGGAAGCUGUCUACAGGAACAUCCAGGCAUGCAAAGAACUUGCUCAGACCACCCGUACGGCUUAUGGACCCAAUGGGAUGAACAAAAUGGUUAUCAAUCAUCUGGAGAAGCUUUUUGUUACAAAUGAUGCUGCUACUAUCUUGAGAGAGUUGGAGGUCCAGCAUCCUGCUGCAAAAAUGCUUGUGAUGGCUUCCCACAUGCAAGAGCAAGAAGUUGGAGAUGGAACUAACUUUGUCCUUGUUUUUGCUGGAGUCCUUCUGGAGUUAGCGGAAGACCUUCUGAGGAUGGGAUUAUCGGUCUCCGAGGUAAUCGAAGGAUAUGAAAAAGCUUGCAAGAAAGCUCUAGAAAUUCUUCCGGAUUUGGUGUGCUGUUCUGCAAAGAACCUUAGAGAUGUUGAUGAAGUGGCAUCUUUGUUGCACACUUCAGUAAUGAGCAAACAGUAUGGCAAUGAAAGUUUUUUGUCAAAGCUUAUUGCUCAGGCCUGUGUUUCUAUUCUUCCCGAUUCUGGUCAUUUCAAUGUUGAUAAUAUCAGAGUAUGCAAGAUUGUGGGUGCCGGUGUCUCUGCUUCAUCAGUGCUGCAUGGCAUGGUUUUUAAAAAGGAAACUGAAGGAGAUGUUACUUCUGUCAAAGAUGCAAAAAUAGCUGUGUAUUCCUGCCCUUUUGAUGGUAUGAUAACUGAAACUAAGGGCACCGUGCUUAUAAAGAAUGCUGAAGAGCUGAUGAAUUUCAGCAAGGGAGAAGAAAACCUAAUGGAUGUGCAAGUCAAAGCUAUUGCUGAUAGUGGUGCUAAUGUAGUUGUAACAGGUGGCAAAGUGGCAGACAUGGCACUUCAUUAUGCCAACAAAUACAAUCUUAUGAUAGUCAGGUUGAACUCAAAAUGGGAUCUGAGAAGACUGUGCAAAACUGUUGGUGCAACAGCCCUACCCAGACUGACCCCUCCUACUCUAGAAGAAAUGGGUCACUGCAAUAGUGUGUAUUUAUCAGAGGUUGGAGAUACACAAGUUGUUGUGUUUAAGCAUGAAAAGGAGGAUGGUGCUAUUUCUACCAUACUCAUUCGUGGAUCUACAGACAAUCUGAUGGAUGAUAUUGAGAGAGCAGUGGACGAUGGCGUAAAUACUUUCAAAGUACUCACAAGGGAUAAACGUCUUGUUCCUGGAGGUGGUGCAACAGAGAUUGAAUUGGCCAAGCAGAUCACAUCUUACGGAGAGACUUGUCCUGGGCUUGACCAGUAUGCCAUCAAGAAGUUUGCUGAAGCAUUUGAAGCCAUUCCUCGAGCACUGGCAGAAAAUUCUGGAGUAAAGGCAAAUGAAGUCAUCUCCAAACUUUAUGCUGUGCAUCAGGAAGGCAACAAAAACGUUGGAUUUGAUAUUGAGGCUGAAGCUGCCGCUGUGAAGGACAUGUUAGAAGCUGGCAUAUUAGACACAUACCUGGGAAAAUCCUGGGGUAUCAAGCUGGCCACAAAUGCAGCAGUAACUGUCCUACGGGUCGAUCAGAUUAUUAUGGCAAAAACAGCAGGCGGUCCAAAAGUCCCUAAACAGCAAGGACAUUGGGAUAAGGAUGACUGGAGAGAUGAGCCCGAAAAGUAAUAUCAAUCAUAAUGGCGAAACCAGCUGGUGGUCCUAAACCUCCAUCAGGAAAGAAAGACUGGGAUGAAGACCAAAAUGAUUGAACAAUUUAAUCGUACUACUUAAGUUACGUGAUUAUGGGAGUCGUGUGAUACUCCAGUUGGGACCUGUCGUGCUGUUUUGGUCACUUGCCUUUAAGUUAUGAACUGUAUCCAGCUUUGAACACUUCAAUAAAUUUCCUUACUCCUACUAAA